UAACACGCCAUUAAGGUGGGAGCAAUCGAGGGGGAAGGACGCGUGUGUGAAGCUCUGACUGACUGCUGGCCAGUGCGAGGAGGGCCUGUACACACGUCACAAUGUUAACGUAAGCGCAACAACAACCCUGAAGCACCAGUAUAAGUAGGAAUUGGUGCGCCAGGGCCAAGUGAAGCCCGUGAUGGAAGCGGCAGCGGCGGGGCCUGCGGGGGGACGGAUGGUGACCGCCGCCCCCUCGCCGCCUGCUGCAGGAGUCCCGGCGGCAGGAGGCGACCCCGACCACCACCACCACCACCUGGUCCACCAAGCUCACACAGGCCUUCAGUGGAAAUCAGCAGAGAACAUCUUUCUGACAAGCUCAGGCGGGAACGUCUUGCAUCCACCACUUGAAGAAGAUGAUGACGGAGGUGGUGGUUUGCGUGAGGCGCCUAGCAACCCUCACCGCCUAGUGUCGUCUGUGUCGGCCUACCCUCUUCCUACCACCAACAUUGUUUCUGCUGGCAUGGUCAAUGCAACCCAUUCCCCUGCUACUGUUACUGCUUCUGCUGCUGCUUCUACUUUUACCAUAUGUUCUACCUCCUCUUCUUCAUCUGCCUCCACAAACUCUUCCUCAUAUCAUGUUGGAAUGCAGCAAAGUCAAUCUCCUUCCUCUUUGGCCAAUUCCACCUCGCUUCCUGGUGGACACAACAGCACAACUCGCUCUGGGAGUGAAUAUCCCUCCUCAAAUUGCCUCUACCAUGGCUCAGAGGCUCCACCAUCCACCACCAACCCUUCCACCUCCCCACCUGCUGCUGACCUGGGUGGCUCCUUGAAUCACUCUGCCGGGGGGCUCGGGGGCCUGGCGCCUCUUGAUCUCUCGGGGAUUCCUCCCAUCACACACGUUACCCUCCCCACCCCAACAGAAAAUGGAGAGGGUAGAUUCAGCCAAAGUCCAGCACCAAGCCCCAAGCCAAGCCCCACACUCAUGCCUCGUCAGACCUCUUGUGAUAGCUUUGAUGAGCGAGUCACCAGGAAUGACAGCUGUGGAGUCAUUUCAAGAGAAGGUAGCAUAGAGAGAUCUCUUACUGAGGUCUCAUUAGACCAACAAGGAAAUGAAAGAUUGCCGGACUCAGUUAGCAGGUCUUCAGAGUCCAGUCGGUCAGUGGAGGCUCCCCGAACUCCUGAAAUAGGCAGCAACAUCAAUGGUGUGAUUGGCAAGGAGCGGAAAGAGUCACGGGAUUCCAAGUCAGGUGACAAGAAGAGCAACAAGGCAUGGUACAAGAUGCUGAACCCUACUUACAAAAGCAGAUCGGAGGACCUCAAAAGAUUGUUCAAGGACCUACCUUCUGAUGAAAGACUAAUUGUUGACUAUUCCUGUGCACUGCAGAAGGACAUCCUAGUUCAUGGUCGCCUGUAUGUUACACCAAAUUAUUUUUGCUUCUAUUCCAAGAUAUUUGGCUGGGAGACCUUUGUGUCCAUCAAGAGCAAGGAUAUAGUGGCAAUGACUAAGGAGAAGACUGCCCUGGUUAUUCCUAAUGCUAUUGAGAUCAGAACUGAAGGAGAGAAACACUUCUUCACUUCCUUUGCUUCUAGAGACAAAACCUACCUCAUGCUUUUCCGUAUUUGGCAGAAUGCUCUGAUGGACCAGCAAAUGAGUGCAACAGAGCUGUGGCAGUGGGUCCACUCCAGCUAUGGGGAUGAACUUGGCCUGACCAGUGAUGAUGAUGACUAUGUUGCUCCAUCCACUGAGGAUGAUGCCAAGACCAACACCAUCAUGCAUGGCACUGACCGCUCUUGUGAUGCACCCAGCUUGAACCCGGCCCACAAACUGUUCAGCGUUGACUCCAUAGAGGAUGCUUGUCCAGGAGAGAAUGGUGUGGAUGUGUCCUCAGCACCCCCUGUGCCAAAGAAUGGGGGCAUUGACUCUGAGACCUUUGACCUGGUUGGGACAGAAAACUCCAAAGCACCUUCAUCACCCACCAAGUCUCCACAUCAUACACCUCUCAAUGCCUCUCAGCAAACCAAUGACGUCCUCCCCACUGACAUGUCAGACACCACAGAGAGCGAACCUGACAGCAAGAUAACAUGUUUGUCGACUGGGGAGCUGGUGGCCUGCCCUAACCUGAGCACACACCACCAGGGCCGGGAGAUUAUCAACACUGUGUAUGCUCUGCCUGUGGAUGCUGUAUUCACCCUGUUGUUUACUAACUCCAAAUUCAUGCUGGACCUCUACACUGCGAGGAAAACUACAGAUGUCAUAGCCAGUCCAUGGCAGAGUAAUCCAGAAACCAAUCAAAAGCUACGCCAGGUCACCUACACUCUUGCUCUUCCACCCAACAGUUUUGGCCCCAAGGUGUCACAUGUCACUGAGACACAGGUGGUCUCCCCCUUCAGCAAGCAUGGGGAGAUAUACACUGUUGAUGCAGAGGCUUGCAAUGCUGGGAUCCCUUAUGCAGACUCCUUUUUUGUGUCCAACCACUGGUGUUUGACCCGGGAGUCGGCCACAGAGACUAGACUCAGCGUUUGGUCUCAAGUCAAGUACAAGAAAAAUGUGUGGGGUUUCAUGAAGGGGGUGAUUGAUAAAAAUGCGUAUAGUGGUGUUGACUCACUGCUAAAUGACAUCAAUGCAGCCUUGCUGGCAGAGGUUGACCGCACCAACUUGAAAAGAACACGCAGGAGGCGGCGGAGAGGAGGCAGUAAAGGAGAGCCUCCAGAUGUGCUCCUUCCUUCACAAGUCUAUCCAGAUAAAGUCAAGGAUAUCCAUAAGGCUACACAAAUACCUGCCAGGAAGCUGACACUUCCAACAGUGACACCUGAGAGUAGUGGCCUGUCCAAUGAAGGCCCAGUGAGACUGGUGGUACUGAUCCUCAUUGUUGUCCUUAUCCUGAAUGCACUUCUCUACUAUAAGCUUUGGGCACUUGAGGACAAAAUGUUCCAUCGUUCUACUUCAUAUCCCACACUAGACCCUGCCAUGUUCAGGUCUGGUUCAUCUGGAGCUUCCCUGGAGGAGUGGGUGAGGAUACUCCAGCAACAAGAAGCAUUACAUGCAGCAGAAGUUGAAAGAUGGCGCAAGUCCAUAGAGGAGGCAGCAGGGUUUCUAAGAAAGGCUGAAGAGUCUUUACGUUCCCUCCACACUUCCAUCCCUCCACAUCAUGCCUCAAGACUCCAAUUACUCCUAAGACAAAUUCAAAGCUUACAUGAGGCAGAAUCUCAGCGCAAGGCCCCACCAGAAUCCAGCCAUUGGAACCAACAGACCAAAGGUGAAGGGCCUCUCAAAGGACCAAGUACUGAAGAACCAACUAGUGAUGAAGUUUUAAGACAUUUGCACGGUGAACUCUGAAAUUAAUUUUUUAUUUGAAAAUGAAAAAAAUUGAAACUGAACUGAAAAAUCUUCAUUGUUGCACAGGGGGUGGACUGGGAUGGACUUUCUCUCUCUCUCUCUCUCUCUCUCUCUCUCUCUCUCUCUCUCUCUCUCUCUCUCUCUCUCUGUAUUAAGAACAUUAUUUAGUUCCUGCCAUCUUACCUUUGUCAGAACAGUCGGUUUUCACAUGAUAGUUGUCAUUUAGCCAGUGAUACCAAGCCUUACCAGAAAUCAUGCUGGUGAUCUAGUCGAACAAUAAAUUUAUAUCAGAGAUCAUUAACAAUUACACUUCUUUCCAAGUUUUAUAUUUAUAAUUAAUAAUAUAUGUGGAUAACUUAUAAUUUGAACAUUCAGAUUUUGAGCUGGUGUAUGAAUGAAUGAGAUGUCUCACCACCUCUACAUGUUAGGUUUAGAAUGAGUGUCUGAUGGAUGAAGCUGAUGAUUGUGGAAUAAAUGCAAUUCAUUCCAUUUUGUGGCCCACAGCAGGUUACUCAGGAGUUAGCCUGAUUAAGAUGCCAAACCCACCAAGAAUGAUCUUAAGUAUCUUAUUAUUGAAUGCCAGUGCUGCUGUAUUUAUAUGAUAUCAAUGAUAUCUCUUUCCAUUUCUCUUGCUUAUGCAGAGAAAAGUUGCAUACAGAGAUAAUUUACAAGAAUGAAAAUACAGUAGAUGUUAACUUCCUUAAUACUCUUUUUAUCCACUGAUGUGUUCAGAUUUCCCAGAUGGGCCUUCUGUCACCAAAGGAAGGCUUUUUUUUUUUUUUUUUUUACUUCUGUGCAGGUUGAUGUAUGGACUAGAUCAUACUAAUAGCAAUAUUAACAAUAAUAAAAAUAAUUAUGAUAAAUUUUACACCAAAAAAAAGUUACCUACAAAAAAAAAUGUGCUUGUAAUUGGCAUAUAGAUUCACCACCAAAUUCAAUUUUACUCUACUGAGAUAUUAGAACAGCAACUGUUUCUGAUCCCAAGUCUGCGUGAAUCUAACUUAACAAAGGCACAAAAUGCAUGCUUCCUGCAAUCAUCUAUUUCAACCUCAGCUGCUGCAUGUAACACUGUCCUAGAAGGAUGUAUCACAGUCAGCCAUUUCUAGAGAAGCAACAGAUCUCAUUGCUAUGCAUCAUGGAGGCAUCCUAUGAGAGAAAAGAACAGAGGCACCAAGGGAAUAUCUGAGUCACAUCUCUGUGUGAUAUUUCACCUUGCAUAUUUAGGUGCUGGAAGGAGCUAUUCAAUCUAUGCAAGCCAGAAAAAAAAAGUUUUGCUCACCAUAAGUAACUAAGGACACCUUCAUUUUACUGAAUACAAAGCAGCAGAAAUCUGAAAAUUUACUGAAUAAUUUAUUUAAUCAAUUAGUCAUAACAGUUACAGGGUGAUGGAGUUGAGAAGAGUUGAUGAAAUGGUAACACUCAGAAAAAAAUAUUUUCAUACACUGGUAAGGGAUGCUGCUACAGAGCAUUGGAAUUUACCUUUCUUGUGUGUUAGUUUUCAAUUUUUUUUAAGGGAAGGGGGGAGGGGAGAUGGGGAUGGUAUUGGAAGCCAUCAUUAUGAUAAGAAACACAUGCUGGUAAUGUGAAUGAUAUCAACAUUUGUGAAAGAAACUUACAUAAACCUAGUGACUCGCACAACAUGUCUGAGCCCUCAUUGACACAACACUUGAUUGCUAGAAAAGCCUGAUGUUCCUCGUCAAUCACCCCAUCAGUAUGGAUAGUAAACGUGUACUGUAUAUGUACACUACAGUAAAUCUAUUUUUAUUAAUGCAAAGCAAGAGAAGUCUAACUAGUUAUUUUAAAAAGAAGAAAUGUUAUCUGGCUAUAAUGCUGAUCUAUGCUGAUCUGUGAAGAACUUGUGUUUCUAACAUUUUUAUACAGCAUUACAUCUUGCCAUAAUUGCAAACAAUAUCAGAUAUGCUUUCAAAGCAUUCUAAGGAAUUCUCUGUACAUAAUGUAAAAAAAAAAAAAAAUCACAGGUCUAGCUCAGCCUGGCAUUAUUUCCUCUAAUUUAUUGCCUUUUUGUCUAAUUAUCAAUCAAAGGUUUUGAAGGGAAGUUUUACAGUGACACUUUUUUUCCACACACAUUGACUUCCAGCUUGCUUUUAUAUUAGUUACCAUCAUCUUUGCACUACUGUAAUACUUUUUUAUUGUGGGGGAUUUAUCUACUUAAAGUCAUUCUUUGUGAUAAAAAUAUGAACAUAAGUCAUUCCAUUUGGCUGUGUGGACUGGUGUUGUCUAUUGCUUGGAGGAAAUUGUACAAACAUUUUCCUUUUAAGAAACACCUCUACCAGCCACACCCUGAAUGCACUUUACUUUACAUUUAUUAGUAUUUAUAUACUGAUGAAGCACAAGAUUCCUUGCUGGAUUUUCUUCUUGGUAUUUGAAAGUUAUUCUAUGUUAAAAAAAAAAAAAAAAAAAUGAUCAAGCACACUAUCCAUCAAAUAUCACUGCACCUCAGAUUAUACAAUAGCAAUAAAAUUUUAAAUUAAUUUCACCUUUGAGAAAUGGAUGUUUUAGUGUCACGAGCUGUCUGUGAUACAAGUAGGCAUAAGUAAUGAUGUUUAUGAAUACUUUUAAUAUUUGUUUUAUGGUUUUAGCUAAGUUGGUAAACAAUGUAUAUUUGUGAGCUAACUUCCUACUGUGGCCAGCAUUUAACACAAAGUAUUGAAGCAACUGAAGAUACUUAAUCUAAAUUUUUAUCACAAAAGGUUACAUAUGCACUAUUAGUUAUCGUAAUUUUGUUGGGAUGGAUCGUAUGUACAGGUAAGGAAAUCAUCAUAACAAAGAAACACGCCAUGGACUUGGUACUACUAUGUUGAUAUCUCAAAUAUUGUUUGUUUCCUUCCCACAAAAAUCAAUUCCACUUUUCCUAAAAAAAAUAUUUGGUAGGUUUUAGUUCUUUGAAAGUGGAUUAUUGGUAGCUUUGCAGAAUAGUGUAAUUAUAAACAUUAGGUUACCAUGUUCUUUCCUAGCAGUUAGGAUUAUAGCCAUGUAUUGACUAUGGCUUUAAAAGAUAUGGAAUGUCAUCUUUCCCUAUUCUUCCAUGCAAAAUUUUUUUUUUCAAGAAAUGCCAUAAAAGAUAGCUUCAGAUGCACUUCACAUCCACAGUGUGUUGUCUGUUGAGUUCUUGAGGAAGGGUAGGGAAGCAUUGUUUGAGGCACAAUUUGAAAUGGAAAAGAAAAAAAAAAGUAUAACUGUUGAAGCUUGUGUUAAUGCAUCUUGUCUGCUAGUAUUGUAUACAAGCAUGGAAGAACCCAAAGCAUUAAACUACGCAAUGUACAUACAUUAAUUCUAAGUAUAAACUUGGCUGUUAUAUAUUACAGUUCAAUAAAGGAGCUCCAUGUAUACAG